AGGGCUCAAGUCCCCAGCGCUGCGCGGAGUAAGCUCGCCGAUCAGGGCUGCCCCCCACCCCCCCAGCAGCCGAGAUGGCGCGCGUCAAGGCAUAUGAGCUGCGGUCCAAGACCUCCAAGGAGCUCCUGAAGGACCUCGACGAGAUGAAGAGCGAGCUCUCACAGCUGCGCGUCGCGAAGGUGGCGGGCGGGGCCGCGUCCAAGCUGGCCAAGAUCAAGAUCGUCCGGAAGUCGAUCGCGCGCAUCCUGACGGUGUACAACCAGAAGCAGAAGGCGGAGGCCCGCAAGGAGUGCAAGGGCAAGAAGUACAUCCCCCUGGACCUGAGGCCCAAGAAGACCCGCGCGCUGAGGCGCGCGCUGAAGACGGAGCAGAAGGUCGCCAAGACCGCGAAGGAGAAGACGCGCGCGAGCAACUUCCCCAUGCGGCGCUUCGUGGUGACAAUGUGAGCUGGGACGCUUGCAGGCAGCGCGGUGCUGGCAGUGCUCGUGCACGCAGAGAGAAAGCCAGACGUUGUCUAUGAUGUGUUCCGACGGUUUCGGGUACAGCCAGGACCCCAGGUAAGGGGACCUGGUUAGUGGUAGGGCCUCGCAGCCCCGACAUUGGCCAG